AUGAAAGCAUUCAUUUGUUUUUUGGCAUAUUUAGCAGUUGCUAAUGCUGGUGGACGAGGAUACAUUCCUUCAGGUGGUUCGAGCCAUGGACAUGGGUCUGGAAACUCUCAUGGUGGAUUUGGUGUUGCCCAAUCUUCUGCAUUAAGUAAUAGUGGAAGUUCUAUUGGAUUUGGUGGAGGAUCUUUCAGUGGAUCACUGAUUGGCUCUUCAGGAGCAGCUUCUCAUGGCAGCGGAUUUGGGGGAGGUCAUUCUAUUGCAUCUCCAAACCAAUUUGUAGGCUCAUCAGCUGGAAUUGGAGGAUCUUCACAUGGAAGUGGCUGGAAUUCUGGACAUUCUGGUGUUUCCCAUAUAGUUGGUGGAGGUUCUUCAUCUGGAUUUGGAGGUUAUUCUCAUGGCAGUGGUUCAAAUUCUGGAUAUUCCGGUGUAUCUCAAGGACCCGUUAGGGUCAUUUCUUCGGGAUCUGGAUGGAAUGCAGGACAAUCAAGUAUUUCCCAAGGAUCUUCUCAUGGUAGUUCAUUUGGUGCAAGAAAUUCAGGCUAUUCUCAGGGACAAAUCAGGGGUCCAUCUUACUCAGGAGCUUCUCAUGGAUCAAUUGGUUCAUCUUACGGUCAAGGACAUGGACAAGGUGGAUUCUCAUCAGGUCUUAAGACCUCUUCUGCUAUCAGUUAUAGACCUAGUCACGUUUUGAAUGUUGGUUCACAUGGAGGAAGUUCUUCUUUUGGUCAGACACAAGGAAGCUUUUCAUAUCCACAAGGAGUUGCUGCUGGUUAUGGUUAUGGUCAAGGUCAAGGCCAGAAAUAUACCAGCAUUUCACCAAUCUCAAGUGGUGGAUCCCAUAAUUAUCAUCAAGGACAUAGUGGCAGCAUUGGAGGCAUAAGUCGAUCAUCUGGUUACCAAAAUGUGGGUAGCUUUGGUGGCAGCUCUUCUAAUCAUGCACCAGGUUUUGGAAGCGGGUUAUCAACAGGAAGUGGUUAUAGUUCUGGAUUAUAUCAAGGUGGAAGCUCUUCUCAUGGCAUUAGCGGGGGUUCAGGUUAUGGAAGUGGACGUUAUGCUGGUGGAUCACUUGGUGGAUCUUGGGCUAGCAGCUCUGCUAAUACCGGAUCACAAUCUGGCUGGGGAAAAGGUGGGUGGUAA